AUGGCAUCAUCCUCCCAGACUUUUCUUCUUCUUUGCUUUAUGUUUGCUCUUGUGAUCCUCAUCUCCUCUGAGGUCUCAGCUGCUAUUCUUCUUCCGGCAGACUUUGUACCCCCACCAGAACCUGUAAUAUCACCUGUAUCUGGUGGAAGUGGCAUAUCUGUAGGUGCAGUAGUUGGAAUUGUGGCUGGAGGAGUCUUCAUUAUAUUACUGAUUUUUGGUAUUCAUCGGAGGAGUAUUCUUCGGAGGAGAGGCCUCCAAGGACAACAAAAUGCUUUGGAGGAUGAUUUAAAGGGCGUGGACCUGCAAACAGGUAAAUUUAGCUUCAGGCAACUCCAAGCUGCCACAAACAACUUUGACGAAGCCAAUAAGAUUGGAGAAGGUGGUUUUGGUUCUGUUUACAAGGGCCUUCUAUCAGAUGGCACUGUAAUUGCUGUCAAGCAGCGUUCUUCCAAAUCAAAGCAAGGGAAUCGUGAAUUCGUGAAUGAGAUAGGCACGAUUUUUGCUCUGCAACACCCUCAUCUUGUCAAGCUUCACGGAUGCUGUAUUGAAGGAAAUCAACUAUUGCUUGUCUAUGAGUACAUGGAAAAUAAUAGCCUUUCUCGUGCUUUGUUUGGGCAAGAAGAAAGUCAGUUGAAGUUGGAUUGGCCAACAAGGCACAAGAUCUGUGUUGGUAUAGCUAGAGGUUUAGCUUACCUUCACGAGGAAUCAACAUUGAAGGUCGUUCAUAGAGACAUCAAGGCUAGUAAUGUGCUUCUUGAUAAAAAUCUUACCCCAAAGAUAUCUGACUUUGGAUUGGCCAAGCUUGAUGAAGAGGAUAAUACACACAUUAGCACCCGUAUUGCUGGAACUUAUGGAUAUAUAGCGCCUGAAUAUGCAACGCGGGGUUAUCUGACUGAUAAAGCCGAUGUUUAUAGCUUUGGAAUUCUUGUAUUGGAAAUUGUUAGUGGGAGGAACAACACCACUUACAGAGGAAAGGAAAAAAGCUUUUAUCUUCUUGAUUGGGCACAACUACUAAAAGGGCAAGGGAAUUUGAUGCAACUAGUGGAUCCAAGGUUGGGCUCAGACUUCAACGAAGAAGAGAUUAUGCUUACAAUCAAUGUGGCUCUCCUCUGCUGCAAUGUCACUGCAACAGUUAGGCCUACCAUGUCUUCAGUUGUAAGCAUGCUUGAAGGCAGGGCUGCUGUUCAGGAAUUGGUCUCAGAUCCAAAUGCCUCAAGUUUUGAGAUAGAAGCAAUGAGGAAGCAUUUUCAAUCCAGUUUCGGAAGGAACACCGGCAAGAGCCAGACACAAACUGCGCCAACUGAAGGGACCUGGACCGGUUCGUCUUCAUCUGCUCAUGAUCUCUAUCCAGUCAAGCCUGAUUCAACUUACUGGGACAACAGAAAAUAGAGAAACUGAGCAAACUUUCUUCACUCUCAAACAUAUAUGUUCAUAUAUCAUUUCUACUCCCUCUCUAAAUACACACACAAAUAUAUUUUUUGUUCGGCAAGAUAGCUGAAAGAAUAAUACACACACAUCUUUGGUAGCCCUUCCAAUGCUCCAACGACCCCAAGUGGACAAUGGGCCCAUUUCUGUAACUUUUUGCGUCUCUUCAGAAUUCUAAAUUCUAAGUUGUACAG